AGUCAAUGCGCUGCUGCUGCUGCUGCUUCGACCCUCUAAGCAGUGUCCUCUCAGCUCAUGGCACGCGAUUCGAAUGCUGACGUGCCUCCGCCGGAGGUGCAUCAUUACAAUGAGCUUGGGGAAGUGCCGUGGGAUAUUCAGAACUACUGGGCUCAACGAUAUAAGAUCUUCUCCAAGUAUGACGAAGGAGUCUGGCUGACGGACGAUGCUUGGUUUGGCGUCACUCCGGAGCCAGUGGCCAAUAAAAUCGCAGAGCAUAUCGCCAGCGCCGCCCCACCUGAUCGAAUGGUUCUGGUCGAUGCAUUCGCCGGUGCUGGAGGAAACUCCAUUGCCUUUGCCCUCUCCGGUCGAUGGAAGCGCGUCUACGCCAUCGAGAAGAACCCCGCCGUCUUGCAGUGCGCGAAACACAACGCCAAGAUCUACGGCGUGGCCGACAAGAUCACCUGGUUCGAGGGGGACUGCUUUGAUAUCAUCAAGAAUAAACUGAUGGACCUAGCCCCUUACAGUGUUCUCUUCGCGAGUCCCCCGUGGGGAGGACCCGGUUACCGCUCGGAUAAAGUCUUCAACUUGCGGACCAUGGAGCCUUAUUCUUUAGCGAAGCUAUAUACUGAGUACUCCCUAUUCACUGAGCACAUGGUUCUCUACCUCCCGCGGACUUCGGAUGUGAAACAGAUGGCCAAGGUGGUCAAGGAUGGCCAGAAUGCGACUGUGAUGCAUUACUGCAUGGAGGGCGCGAGCAAAGCUCUCUGUGUGUAUUACGGUGGGUUCAACAUAAACUUAUUGGAAUGAGUGACAGCGCUUGGGUGCUGUGCGCUGUUUCCCUGCUUUUUUUCACUGGAGUGGUUCGUGAUGCAAGAGUGAAAUCACUGACCAGGACCAUUUCGCAAUCCUGAAUUUACUGUACAAUAUUUAUCAUUCACAUAGAAGUAAUUCAAUACCCCCUUUGAGUA